AUGGAAGCUGGUUUCUCGAGAAUGAACGAUUUGACAGUUCUUCAAGCUUCUCAAGGUUUAGCUAUGUAUAUGGAGAAAACAGUUGAAAAUGCCAAAGAGAGAGGCGUGGUUGUCGGCCAUGAUCAUCGUCACCAUUCUGACAAUUUCGCCCGUCUUACGGCUGCAGCAUUUAUCCAACGUGGGUUCAAAGUGUGGUAUUAUAAAGACUUGGUUCAUACACCCUUAGUGCCUUAUACUAUAAAGAAACUAAAAGCUGCUGGUGGUAUAAUGAUUACUGCAUCACACAACCCUAAAGAUGACAAUGGUUACAAAGUCUACUGGGAAAAUGCAUGCCAGAUUAUCCCACCUCAUGACGAAGGUAUUGCCGAGUCCAUCUUGGAACAUCUCGAGCCUUGGGAUUGGAACUACGAACUCGUUUCCCAGAGUCCUUUGGUCAGUGAUCCCAAAAAAAAAGGUGUCAUUGAUGCUUACUUUGAAGAAGUAAAGAGCCUUUGCCAAACUAGACAGGACAAUGCGUCCACCGAUGUUAAAUUUGUAUACACCGCUAUGCACGGUGUAGGUGCACCUUUCGCCAAACGAGCUUUUGCCUGUUUCGAUCUCCCAGAGUUCACGCCUGUGGAAGCCCAGAUCCAGCCUGACCCUGAUUUCCCUACCGUGGCUUUCCCUAACCCCGAGGAAGGUAAAGGAGCGUUAACAUUAGCGAUGGAAACAGCGGAUAAGGUCAAUGGUAAUAUCAUUUUAGCAAACGAUCCUGAUGCCGAUCGUUUAGCGAUUGCCGAAAAGCAACCCAAUGGAGAAUGGAUUAUUUUCAACGGUAAUCAGAUUGGUUCGGUUCUGGGAGCUGCAUGUUUCGAGAAAGCCAUUGCUGCAGGCAAGAAGCCAGAGCAAUUGGCGAUGGUAGCCAGUACUGUGUCUUCCAAGUUUUUAGCUCGUAUGGCUGAAGUGGAAGGCUUCCGAUUUGAAGAGUCUCUCACUGGGUUCAAAUGGAUCGGUAAUACAGCAAUCAACCUUGAGAAACAAAACUAUACGGUUGUGUUUGCGUAUGAAGAAGCCAUUGGCUUUACGAUUGGUGACAUUGUGAAAGACAAGGACGGUGUCAGUGCACUUGCUUUCUUUUCCGAAUGGGCUGUUCAACUCUAUAAACGCGGUAUGACGGUUUAUGCUUAUCUUGAAGAAUUAUACAAAAAGUACGGCUACUUUGUGAGUGAAAACUCGUACUUUAUUUGUGACGAUAAGCAAAAGAUUUCAAAGAUCUUUGAUCGUAUCCGUUACGGAGACGUGAAAGAGCAAGACAGCACUUCCAAGACGGGAUACAAGUUGCAUUAUCCUGCCACAGUGGGAGGACAUAAAGUCAUUGGUAUCAGAGAUUUGACUGUAGGCUACGAUUCCUCUGUCAAAGAUACUGUACCUACAUUGCCCGUGUCGGCCUCAUCUGAAAUGAUCACGUUCCGUUUGGAGAACCACACAGUAUUCACUAUCCGUACAAGUGGUACAGAGCCAAAGAUAAAAUAUUACUCAGAGUUACGUGGUGAAACAGAGGAAAAAGCGAGAGCAGAUCUUCAUCGUGUUGUUGAAGCCAUUGGUGACGAAUUGAUGGCAUACCAAAAGAAUGGCCUCGCAAAGAAAAAGGAACAAUAA